UGCUACGCUUUCACUGCAAAAGCAUGGAAUUGAAGAAAAAAAAAUGUUGACAGCCAUCCGGAAGAAUGGAACAGACCGAGGGAAUGGAGUCGGACGCCUGCGAUUAUUCAUCUUGAAGUGUAGAAGGUGGAGGAAAGAGGCGGCGAUGAGUCGUAGUUGGUAUUUCACUGGGUUUUGUUUUUAAUGAAGCCCCAGUCGGUUCAAGUGCAUCCUCGCAAGCACGUGUUUCCAUUUGUCAACAAUUCAAACGGCAAUACCAUUUUUCCAUCAUUAUCCAUUAUGAUAUUGUUGUGAUGAGCCUCAUGCCGAUAGGAUAGUCGAGAGGUGGGAACUGUCGUAAAGUCAAUCAGGCGUGUCAAGGAAGGAAGAAGUUGAGGAAUUGAUGCGCUACAGAAAUCCAAAUAAGAGCCAAAGAGGCCAACAAAGGGUGAAACAGCAGAAUGACCCCUCACCGACUAGGCAAGAACGAAAAGAGACGAGCAGGGAUGCGGCAGGCUCAUAUACAGCCAUUAGCGCAUUUCGUCAGUGGAGGAAAAACGAGCGCACGACCAUCAUCGGUAAUGCAACAGCAAGCUCCUCUAAUCAACUCGCUAAUUCACAUACCACCAAGAUGGAACUCUUUCCACUUGUUCUGUCAGACACUACUAUGCCUGAAGAGGACUUGUCGUUGAAAUUUCUCGCACUCAACGCUCUAGACCUGACAGCUCCAGCGAGCGACAUUCUCCUCAAGAACCGUCUAAAAUCCUGGUUCCAGCUCUCGGGUCACCCAGACGGUUUUGCCCCGGCUGGUCCAGGAACUGUCUGGAAGCGUCGAACAGGGGGAGCCGAGAAUACCGAACGAACAGUCUACGAGACCCUCUCCAAGGACGAACAAAUGAGUAGCUUCGUUCCCAGGUACUACCGAGAGGUCCAGUACAAAGGGGACACCUUCAUCGAGCUCCAGGAUCUGCUGUUCGGGUUCAACGAUCCCCACGUGAUGGAUAUAAAACUGGGCACGAGGACUUUUCUAGAGUCUGAAGUCUCCAAAACAUCGGAGAGACCGGAUUUGUACGAGAAGAUGAUCGCGGUGGAUCCUGAUGCUCCGACGACUGAUGAACACAGGAAUAAGGCAGUGACGAAGAUGAGGUACAUGCAGUUCAGGGAGGAGCAGAGCUCGACCUGCAGUCAUGGGUUUAGGAUCGAGGCGAUGAAACUGCCUGGGGGACCUCCGAUCACUAAUCUCAAGACUGUGAAGAGUCAUGGGGCUGUUACCGAUACCAUGAGGCUUUUUUUGGGGAACAGGCGACACAUCUGUGAGAUGUUGCUGGAGAAGCUGAGGGACUUGAGGGCGAGAGUCGAAGCUUCAACAUACUUUCAGACUCAUGAGGUAAUAGGCAGCAGUAUUUUCAUGAUCUACGACGAAGAAAAGGUCGGCGUCUGGCUCAUAGAUUUCGCCAAGACAUAUCAAGUGCCUGAGGGUAAACGACUGACUCACAGAACAGCCUGGGAGCAGGGAAAUCACGAAGAAGGUUUCCUCCUCGGUCUGGACAAUCUCAUCUCCAUCAUCGAAGAGAUCCAAUCCUCCACGUGAUAACGAGCCCGUCACCCAUCGCCUCUCGAAAAGAGAAUAAACAAACAUUUGCUGUUCCUCGUGAGUCAGCUGCCACCGAACUCUAUAAGGAAAAUUGUAAAAAAAUCUCGAGGAGAGAUCGCACCUAAAUUUGUAAAUCGUUGGUGCCUUCGUCUCUCGUACGGGUGAAUUCACUACUUCAGUUUUUAUGUUAGAAAAUGAGAAAGAAUUAGGUCUGACGUUUUUACUGAUCUGAAAGAUGCUUCAGAGGAACAAAAUCUUCCAAAGUGGUCGCAUGACCCAAUUCUGUAUAUGAUCUGCACACUGACAUAACUAAAUGAGUUAUGAAUAUCAUCAACAAUAAUUUUUCAUCCCAAAAAUAGUCAUCGAAUCUUAAAUCAUUGACAAAAAUUGUAGAAUUGAAAAGUCAUAACAAACGGCUGAGGAGAUGAAGUUUUUCUUUGAAGAGUUAUGAACGGUUGAAUAAAUUUACGUGAAAUAAGUAAAUGAGAUUUUUGGAACUUUUUUUUUUUGUUUUUGGAACUUUUCCAGAUUUUCACCUGCGGAAAUUCUGAGAAAACAUUCUGAAAACUCAAAAAAAAAGAUUUUUAUAUAUUCAAGUUAAUCGAUUGAGAAUGGCGUCAUGAAGACGCUUUUGAUAGUUCUAUCAAUAAAAAAAUAUAAAAAAGAUGAUUUUUUCUUAUUUUUUUACGUUAAAAGUGAAGUAGUAAACUCAUCAUGUGCUUAAGAUAGUCACUGAAAAAUGUACAAUCAACAAUGAUUAUUUUUGAAAUUGUAUAGAAUUUUUUAAAUGAAAAUUUAUCUGCUCUAAGGAUGCCAAAAAAUCAGCUGCUUUUUUAUGAUUACAUUGUAGGAUAAGAUUCAUAUGGAUUAAUGUACAAAGGCUGCCUAGUGAUAAAAAGUAUUAUGUACGACAUACAAUUUUUAUAACAGAAGA